ACAGAUAUCUAUCCAAACAUCAUUGCUAUGGGCUUUCCUGCAGAGCGACUCGAAGGAGUGUACAGGAACAAUAUAGACGACGUUGUACGGUGAGUAACGGCCACUCAUGACCUCGCCUAGUGAGGACUCGGUAAUCAAUGCGUGUAGGAUGUGUUUUGUAACCAACAUUAGACAAACAAUCCAAGUUGAUAAAGUAUCCUGAGUAGUGUCAAAUAUUUUUGCACCGUUGUCUAUUUUGUAGCGUGUCAUUAAAUACAUUACGUUGUCAAUUUCUGUAGUUGUGGAAUGUUCUGAAUGUAACUCUACCUUUACCUCAACAGGUUUCUUGAUUCGAAACAUAAAAGCCAUUAUAAGAUUUACAAUCUGUAAGUAUACCACAAAACGCUUACACGCUAAUAUGAAUGUUUUGUUUACAAAUUAAUUGCUUCUUCAUGACCACUGACUGAUAUCCUUCCCAUUUCAGUUGUGCAGAACGACACUACGAUGCUGCCAAAUUUAACUGCAGAGGUACGCCAUCACAAAUAUCUCUGAGACAAUUCACUGUCACCUGUCUUACAUUUUAGUUUUUAGAGCCAGGUGGCUGAAAGGAAACUUAGUGUCUUUAUAUUUCUCUCUCUCCACCCUCCAGUUGCACAGUACCCCUUUGAAGACCACAAUCCGCCUCAGCUAGAGCUCAUCAAGCCGUUCUGUGAAGACCUGGACCAGUGGCUGAGCGAGGAUGACAAUCAUGUGGCGGCCAUCCACUGCAAGGCAGGGAAGGGCCGCACCGGGGUGAUGAUCUGCGCCUACCUCCUGCACCGCAGCAAGUUCCAAGAGGCCCAGGAGGCCCUCGACUUCUACGGGGAAGUGCGGACAAGGGACAAGAAGGUCAGUGACCGUGACUUGCCAUGGUUGGAGACUAUGCUAGUACUCAGUGCGGGAAGUCUCAAUAAAGCAGAAUAGGCCUAGAUCUUCUUUGUUUUGUCAUAGACCUGCCUUGAGCUCAAUACUGAAUUUCCAAUAAAUAUUUUUUCAUUUGUUUUACAAUCUGUAUAUUCUACUGUUUGUGGUAAUUAUUCAGUUAUGAGUUAAUUCCCUAGCAUUGACUGUUCUUUGUUUUUCCUUUUCAGGGAGUGACAAUCCCGAGCCAACGGCGCUAUGUGUACUACUACAGCCACCUGCUGAAGAACAAGCUGGACUACAAGCCAGUGGCUCUGCUCUUCCACAAAAUGGUGUUUGAGACGCUACCAAUGUUCAGCGGAGGCACCUGCAGUGAGUCACUCUUUCAUGUUUAACUUGACCUCUGACCCAGGGCGUAGGCAUGUAACUCUUUAAACGGGUUGGCAGGCUCUGAGUGUGCAUACGGUCACCCACGUUAGUAGAGAGUCAUUAUAUACUUUACAUUGAAGCCAAGCUCUUGAUCAGUUGCUUGUACUCUUUAAGAAAGAUGGCUAGUUAUUGAUGAGAGAGAAAAUAGAUGACAAUCUCUAUUCUCAUCAAGGCUGGGUUUUUACCUGCUUAUCCAAAUUGUGAAUUGUAUGUUCUGUUCUGCAGUUCAGAAGAUGAAUGCAGUAUGUCUCAAUUUGUUUCAAAAUAACAAGUCACCAAGGACCUCUCACAGAGAUUAUAUUUGAUCGUUUUUUUUCUUCUCAAUGCUUGCUCUUCUUGAAAAAGAACUGCAUUUAUUAUUGUUGUUAGGGGAUUUUCAGAAAGGCAAAAAAAAGUGAGUCUGCACAAAUUGGUUCCCACAACUCCUAGCUCGAGUAGACAGAUUUUCACCACCAAUCUGUAAUCAGUUAACUCCAAUGAUCUAUCCUAUGUCUUUCAUCUAAUGGAAUAUAUGCAUUCCUAUGCAUGUACAUCUACUGUUUGUAAUUUGCUUGGCUAAACUUUUCUGUGAAACAAUGAUUUGAAUAUUGUUCCAUUUUGGUCCUUCUAUGAAAACCAAGCAAUAAUGUGUCACAGAUCAUCUUUCCUCUUGGUGUUUAUCGAUACGUCACUUUUUUUCCUCCUUGAAUUCUCUGUGAUGCUCUCACCUAACACCUGAAUGUGCUCAACUGCUCUGCGCUCACCGAUCUCUUUCCCUCUAACACACUCUAAAGAGGGCCCUAUUCUGAGUUUGACGUUUCGUUUUUACGUAGACCUAGAUAUCAUGGUACUUGUUAGCACUCAAUCUAAAGUGUCAGCUAAAUGCUGAGGUGUAUUGGGUGAGAAGCUAAUUUGGAGAAAACUAUACUUUUUCAAUGGACUAGCAUAUAAUUCUAACAUAUACAGUGGCUUGCGAAAGUAUUAAUAAAUAAAAAUAAUAAAUAUGCCAUUUAGCAGACGCUUUUAUCCAAAGCGACUUACAGUCAUGCGUGCAUACAUAUUUUUAUUUUUUUUGUGUAUGGGUGGUCCCGGGGAUCGAACCCACUACCUUGGCGUUACAAGCGCCGUGCUCUACCAGCUGAGCUACAGAGGACCACAGUAUUCACCCCCCUUGGCAUUUUUCCUAUUUUGUUGCCUUACAACCUGGAAUUAAAAUUGAUUUUUGGGGGGUUUGUAUCAUUUGAUUUACACAACAUGCCUACCACUUUGAAGAUGCAAAAUAAAAAAAAUUCUGAAACAAACAAGAAAUAAGACAAAAAAAAUAGAACUUGAGCGUGCAUAACUAUUCACCCCCCCCCAAAGUCAAUACUUUGUUUAGCCACCUUUUGCAGCAAUUACAGCUGAAAGUCUCUUGGGGUAUGUCUCUAUAAGUAUGUUGUUUCUAGAUGUGUGGCUGCGUAUGUACAUAGUUGAUAAUCUAGCAUAUACAGGUAACUGCCAAAAUAAAGGAAACUCCAACAUAAAGUGUCUUAAUAGGGUGUUGGGCCACCACGAGCCAGAACAGCUUCAAUACAUCUUGGCAUAGAUUCUACAAGUGUCUGGAACUCUAUUGAAGUAAUGCGACACCUUUCUUCCAUGAGAAAUUCCAUAAUUUGGUGUUUUGUUGAUGGUGGUGGAAAACUCUGUCUCAGUUGCGGCUACAGAAUCUCCCAUAAGUGUUCAAUUGGGUUGACAUCUGUUGACUGAGACGGCCAUGACAUGGUUUACAUUGUUUUCAUGCUCAUCAAACCAUUCAGUGACCACUCGUGCCCUGUGGAUGGUGGAAUUGUCAUUCUAUGGGGGCAUAGCCAUGGUAGCCAAAAUAAUGGCCUGCCCAGCAUUUUUAUACAUGACCCAGGAACCACACCUGUGUGGAAGCACCUGCUUUCAAUAUACUUUGUAUCCCUCAUUUACUCAAGUGUUACCAUUAUUUUGGCAGUUGCCUAUAUAUUUACUGAUAGAAGUGUUUCUGCUGUGUUCUGAAGGCCCUGCCUGCCAGUGCCAGCCCAGCCAGGCUGUGUGUUAAUCUCCUUCUCUCUCUCUAUAAGGGGACAGUACCUUUAAAAACAGGAGCGAGCCGAUCCCUCAGGGCUUCAAGAAAGGGAAUUGGCAUUGGGGUAAAUGAGCCUUUCAUCCAUUUUGAUGUACUUCCCUCAUAUACUGUUCAUUUGGCCCCAGUCCCAACAAGAACUAGGUAUAUUUUAUUCUAGUGAAGGCUAAAAGAAGGUGUAGUGUUAAGACAUUGCAGUGUGGAGGAAACCACCCUACUCCCCUUAUGAGAAGUUUCAGACUCUCACAAAUGUAAUGCAUUCCGUUUGUUAUUGAUGGAAGUGCAACAGUCAUCAGAAUAGGUUCGGAUGGCUUUGGUUUUGGUUCAUUUUGGGUGUUAUUUGUGGUCUGUUUUUUUCCCUCGCUCCUUCUUCAUUGGAUAACACUGUUUUCAAGAACUCACAACUAGGGUUUUCUUUAGUAACUGUCCAACUGUCCUUCAAUGUGGACAUGGCAGCAACUGCAAGAAACUAACAUUUGUAUCCUGUCUUGUUCUUUCUCUACCUCUGUUACCCUUCGUUGCCACCUCUCUCCCCCGAUCUCUGCCCCCUGUCUCUGAAACACUCACCCCUCUCUAGAUCCUCAGUUUGUGGUGUAUCAACUUAAAGUCAAGAUCCACACGUCCAACCCGGCUCACACGCGGAGGGAAGAAAAGCACAUGCUAUUUGAGUUUCCCCAACCGCUGCCCGUGUGUGGAGACAUCAAAGUGGAGUUCUUUCACAAGCAAAACAAAAUGAUGAAGAAGGUUGGUUUGUUCCACCCAUCACAUGAGUGUCCCUAGUUUCCACCUGGAUUUCCUUGGCUUCAGCUGUUAUGGGGUUUUCAAUUGCUGGUUUUUCAAUUAAUUGUGGUUAAUAGGGAUGAGCAUUUUAAAUGAUUUCACUAUUCAAAUAAUAUAUCAUAAUAUUUGUAUGGAUAUCCGGAUAUACAUGUUUUAAAGAAAUUAAACAUAUUUCUUACUUUAAUGGAGACGUAAUCGCGCGACUCGAGAGAGCCGGUGUCAGCAGAAGGGUGGGGGAGGGGUGAGAGAGGAGCAGGGGUUGGUGUGUGUGGCACGGAGGGAGAGCGAGUGAGAAAUAAAGUAGCCAAACCGACUCGCGCUAGUUAGACAAACUUGUUGCUGCCAUAGUUUAUCUAUCAUACCAUCUGGUAGGGCCUGUCUUGAAGCUAGCUAGUUACAGUAGCCAGCUAAGUUAGCUGGCUAGCUAGCUAAAGUAGCAAGGCUAAUUGAGGCAAUUUCGCUGUGCUCACCGUACUUGUCUACAACAACUCCAUUCAAAUGAAACAACAGCCUACCAAGGGGUAAAAGUUAUCCAUAACUGUGACAGAUUUCGGUCAUAUGGAUUCUGGAGAGGUCGCUUUUGAUAUCAGUGUACAGUCGCAAUAAAAAUCUUGGGGUGGGGGGUGGGGCUCUGGUUUGGAGAUGACAUAGCCUAAUACAGACAGAAGCAUGUCUGUUCCCAAAUGUAUGUAUUCUCAAAUAUCUUAUUUUCUCUUAUGCUGUGUGCCCUGGACUGUCAUGAAUGAUUGUUGAUGACACUCCGACAUUCAGAUGAAGGGAAUUAAAUGCUCUAUAAUGCGCACCACAGCAGCACUCAAUUCCGACAGCGGUGUGCAGCCUACUGCAGCUGCUGGCAAAGUAAUUCAAAGCCUUUACUUUAUCACUCAGGAUGUAACUUUCCAGUGCUGCUAUUUUUGCCAGUGGUGGAAAAAGUACCCAAUUGUCAUACUUGAGUAAAAGUAAAGAGUCCUUACUAGAAAAUGACUCAAGUAAAAGUGAAAGUCACCCAGUAAAAUCCUACUUGAGUGAAAGUCUAAAGUAUUUGGUUUUAAAUAUACUUAAGUAUCAAAAGUAAAUGUAAUUGCAAAAAUAUACAUAAGUAUCAAAAGUAACAGUGUAAAUCAUUUCAAAUUCCUUAUAUUAAGCAAACCAGACCAUUUUCUUGUUUUUUAAAUUUACAAAUAGCCAGGGGCACGCUCCAACACUCAGAUAUCAUUUACAAACGAAGCAUGUGUUUAGUGAGUCCGCCAGAUCAGAGGCAGUAGGGAUGACCAGGGGUGUUCUCUUGAUAAAUGUGUGAAUUAGACCAUUUUCCUGUCCUAAGCAUUCAAAAUGUAAUGAGUACUUUUGGGUGUCAGGGAAAAUGUAUGUACAUAAUUUUCUUUAGGAAUGUAGUGAAGUAAAUGUAAUCAAAAAUAUAAAUAGUAAAGUACAGAUACCCAACAAAAAAUACUUAAGUAGUACUUUCAAGUGUUUUUACUUAAGUACUUUUCACCACUGAUUUUUGCCAUGUAAUGUUAUUAAAACAAAAUCAGACAACCUCCUAGUAGAAUAGUUUACCUAUUUACCUAGUCGGCUUGUGUGUUCUAUGCGAGAUAAAUAUUCCUCUAAGCGCAUUGAAGUUAGUCAGGAGGGAAUGUUUUGAGUUAAUAAUAAUAAUUUAUAAUAACAACUACAACAAUCCUGAUGUUGUGUUCAAUGGGGUAAAUACAGCCUAUUUGUUUAUAGCCACUAUGCUGCAUCAGUUGGGCUACAGGUGUUGAUGCUUAUCGCUAAUAGCACAUCUGAUCAUAUAGACCAUGCAUAGGCUAUAUGCAUGGUCCAGUAUGUUAAAAUAAUUUAACAUUUUUACCAAUAAGUUAUUGGGCCCAUUUCUGGAGGUGGAAAUUGUAUUUUAGAGUGUGUCAGCAUUUUAUUUUCAUAAAUUCUGGGAGUAUACUUUUUUUUAAGUCACCAGAACUGAGCUUCUCAGCCCUUCUUCAUAAACAUUUUCCUGGGGCCCCAGACCUCCUAAGCAAGGGGACUGGAAUUUGUCAAACUCGCAGUUUAAUAAAUAAAUGUACACAAUUAUCCUCUUUCUUUAAAAGCAUGAUGAUCAUGACUUUCUUACAUGAAACGGGAGGUUAACUUGGACACAGACAAUCGAUCUGAGAUAGACUUAAGUUUUGGUCAUGGGAUUUUUUGUUGUUGCUUUAACCCCUGAGCCUACCUGUUUGUUGAUCAUUGUAGCCUACUUCAUCUGAUUUAACCAGUUUUAAUUCCGUUUCGAAAUCUCCCACUUCACUUGCUAUGCAUGGAGCCUCUGACUGUAGUGCCGCUUUGAUUGACUGACAAUAACAACAAGCUACACGUGUGAAGGCUACCGAUGCGUUAUUUUUUUAAUGGUGCGCAAUGUUUAAUGUAAAUGUUUAAUGUAAACGUCUAUCCUUGUAGGCUAUGUAGCAAUGUCACAUAUAUAUAUACAGUGGGGGGAAAAAGUAUUUAGUCAGCCACCAAUUGUGCAAGUUCUCCCACUUAAAAAGAUGAGAGUCCUGUAAUUUUCAUCAUAGGUACACGUCAACUAUGACAGACAAAUUGAGAUUUUUUUUCUCCAGAAAAUCACAUUUGUAGGAUUUUUUAUGAAUUUAUUUGCAAAUUAUGGUGGAAAAUAAGUAUUUGGUCACCUACAAACAAGCAAGAUUUCUGGCUCUCACAGACCUGUAACUUCUUCUUUAAGAGUCCUCCACUCGUUAACUGUAUUAAUGGCACCUGUUUGAACUUGUUAUCAGUAUAAAAGACACCUGUCCACAACCUCAAACAGUCACACUCCAAACUCCACUAUGGCCAAGACCAAAGAGCUGUCAAAGGACACCAGAAACAAAAUUGUAGACCUGCACCAGGCUGGGAAGACUGAAUCUGCAAUAGGUAAGCAGCUUGGUUUGAAGAAAUCAACUGUGGGAGCAAUUAUUAGGAAAUGGAAGACAUACAAGACCACUGAUAAUCUCCCUCGAUCUGGGGCUCCACGCAAGAUCUCACCCCGUGGGGUCAAAAUGAUCACAAGAACGGUGAGCAAAAAUCCCAGAACCACACGGGGGUACCUAGUGAAUGACCUGCAGAGAGCUGGGACCAAAGUAACAAAGUCUACCAUCAGUAACACACUACGCCGCCAGGGACUCAAAUCCUGCAGUGCCAGACGUGUCCCCCUGCUUAAGCCAGUACAUGUCCAGGCCCGUCUGAAGUUUGCUAGAGUGCAUUUGGAUGAUCCAGAAGAUGAUUGGGAGAAUGUCAUAUGGUCAGAUGAAACCAAAAUAUAACUUUUUGGUAAAAACUCAACUCGUCGUGUUUGGAGGACAAAGAAUGCUGAGUUGCAUCCAAAGAACACCAUACCCACUGUGAAGCAUGGGGGUGGAAACAUCAUGCUUUGGGGCUGUUUUUCUGCAAAGGGACCAGGACGACUGAUCCGUGUAAAGGAAAGAAUGAAUGGGGCCAUGUAUCGUGAGAUUUUGAGUGAAAACCUCCUUCCAUCAGCAAGGGCAUUGAAGAUGAAACGUGGCUGGGUCUUUCAGCAUGACAAUGAUCCCAAACACACCGCCCGGGCAACGAAGGAGUGGCUUCGUAAGAAGCAUUUCAAGGUCCUGGAGUGGCCUAGCCAGUCUCCAGAUCUCAACCCCAUAGAAAAUCUUUGGAGGGAGUUGAAAGUCUGUGUUGCCCAGCGACAGCCCCAAAACAUCACUGCUCUAGAGGAGAUCUGCAUGGAGGAAUGGGCCAAAAUACCAGCAACAGUGUGUGAAAACCUUGUGAAGACUUACAGAAAACGUUUGACCUGUGUCAUUGCCAACAAAGGGUAUAUAACAAAGUAUUGAGAAACUUUUGUUGUUGACCAUAUACUUAUUUUCCACCAUAAUUUGCAAAUAAAUUCAUAAAAAAUCCUACAAUGUGAUUUUCUGGAUUUUUUUUCCUCAUUUUGUCUGUCAUAGUUGACUGUGUACCUAUGAUGACAAUUACAGGCCUCUCUUAUCUUUUUAAGUGGGAGAACUUGCACAAUUGGUGGCUGACUAAAUACUUUUUUCCCCCACUGUGUGUAUAUAUAUAUAUAUAUUUUUUUUUUUUUUUUUACUAAGCCUUUUCCUUGUUAAAAUAGGCCUAUAUAUAUCUUAAAUUUUUUGUAAUGAACCAAAGUUAUAAACAGCACUCUGAAGUUUUAAUUGGCUAGCUUACCUGGAAAUGUGUUGAAUCAUCUUACUAUGAAUAACUGAGGAUUUUCACACCUACAGUGAGGGAAAAAGGUAUUUGAUCCCCUGCUGAUUUUGUACAUUUGCCCACUGACAAAGAAAUGAUCAGUCUAUAAUUUUAAUGGUAGGUUUAUUUGAACAUUGAGAGACAGAAUAACAACAAAAAAAUGCAGAAAAACGCAUGUCAAAAAUGUUAUAAGUUUAUUUGCAUUUCAAUGAGGGAAAUAAGUAUUUGACCCCCUCUCAAUCAGAAAGAUUUCUGGCUCCCAGGUGUCUUUUAUACAGGUAACGAGCUGAGAUUAGGAGCACACUCUUAAAGGGAGUGCUCCUAAUCUCAGCUUGUUACCUGUAUAAAAGACACCUGUCCACAGAAGCAAUCAAUCAAUCAGAUUCCAAACUCUCCACCAUGGCCAAGACCAAAGAGCUCUCCAAGAAUGUCAGGGACAAGAUUGAUUUUUGUGUAUGGGUGGUCCCGGGGAUCGAACCCACUACCUUAGCGUUACAAGCGCCGUGCUCUACCAGCUGAGCUACAGAGGACCUGGUGGCCAAGUACAAGAAACGUCUGACCUCUGUGAUUGCCAACAAGGGUUUUGCCACCAAGUACUAAGUCAUGUUUUGCAGAGGGGUCAAAUACUUAUUUCCCUCAUUAAAAUGCAAAUCAAUUUAUAACAUAUUUGACAUGUGUUUUUCUGGAUUUUUUUGUUGUUAAUCUGUCUCUCACUGUUCAAAUAAACCUACCAUUAAAAUUAUAGACUAAUAAUUUCUUUGUCAGUGGGCAAACGUACAAAAUCAGCAGGGGAUCAAAUAGUUUUUUCCCUCACUGUAUGUACUGUAAUUGUUUAGUUUUUCUAAGCCCGGCAUUAGUGUGGUGAUUAUAACCACAAUGAUCUUCAGACAGACUCCAGUACAGUUAGUCAUACCUCACCCUCUCCCUCCACUAUUCAGGAUAAGAUGUUCCACUUCUGGGUUAACACCUUCUUCAUCCCCGGGCCAUCGGAGGAGAGCAUGGAGAAGGUGGAGAACGGGUCGGUGGUGGUGGUGGUGAACGACAUGGAAGGGGUCCAGUACCAGCCUCCGGGCGGCCCCCCUCCCCAGGCCCAGCCCCCCCAGAGCGCCGAGUGCAGGGACAGCGGCAAGGACAGUCACGGGGACUACCUCAUUCUUGCGCUCACCAAGAAUGACCUGGACAAGGCCAACAAAGACAAAGCUAACCGCUACUUCUCACCUAAUUUCAAGGUGAGCCAUUUAAACUAAUGGUUGUAAUGGAUUAUUGUGGUUAAAUUAAUGAGGAAGGUACUACAAUUCUUGGUAAAUCUUUCACAAGGUUCCCUUUUCUGAUAUUAUGGCUUUCCCUUUCUCUCUCGCUGCUUUAGGUGAAGUUGUAUUUCACAAAAACCUUGGAAGAUUCUUCGAAUUCCGAGGCGAGCACUUCGACAUCCAUCACGCCGGACGUUAGCGACAAUGAGCCUGACCAUUAUCGAUAUUCCGACACCACUGACUCUGAUCCGGAAAACGAACCUUUUGACGAGGAGCAGCACACGCAGAUCACGAAAGUGUGAACUUUUUUUAACAGCAAAAAAA